AUUGGUUCUAACGCUAAAGCUGUAACAUACUACUGAUGCAAGUAUAGUAUACAUGACAUUUCUACUACUACUACUAAUAUACUACUAUUUAACAUUACUUUAGGACAAUUAGAUUAUACUGGGCAUAAGACUAAUGAUAUUGAAUUCUGUAGAAUGGAUUAUAAAAUGAAUUCAAUUGGAUUAAUAUAAAACUUUCAAUAGAAAAGAAUUGAACUUAAUUACGCUCUAUUACUCCUGGUGAAGGAACAAAGACUGACCACCAGCAAUCUCCAUCAAAGAAUUGAACUUAAUUACUUACUCCCUGUUACUCCUCGUGAAGGAGCAUAGGCUAUCCACCAGCACUCUUUAUUCAAGAAUUGAACGUAUGACAUUGAAAUAUGUUGUUCUUACAUAAGUAUAUCCUGUUUAUUUUAUACAUAAUACCUUAUGUAUAUUGUAUUGGACGUGGUUUCUUCAAAUUAUCCUCCAAUUCAUAUAAUGAAUGGAAUCCUUCAACACAAAUAUCUUCCUCUUCUUCUUCUUCAUCAUCAUCAUCAUCAAUAGGAUCAUCAAUUUCCUUAUCAUCUUUACCAUAUUCAAGUGAUACAAAUUCAUAUGCAUAUUGGAAUUGUCAUACAAUUCCACCAAAUAUGACAUUAUGUAAAAGUGUAGGUUAUUCACGUAUGGUAUUACCAAAUUUUUUACAUCAUGAAUCAUUACGUGAAGCAAUACAACAAGCUAAUGUAUGGAUUGCAUUAGUUAAUACAGAUUGUCAUCCAGAUAUUCAACGAUUUCUAUGUUCAUUAUAUGCACCAGUAUGUUUAAAAAGUCAUCAAGAAGCUAAAAUACCACCAUGUUGGGAAUUAUGUAAUCAAGUACGUAAUGCAUGUUUACCUAGAAUGAAAUUAUUUGGAUUUGAUUGGCCAGAUAUAGUACAUUGUCAACAAUUUCCACGUUUAGCUGAAAGUAUGUGUAUACCACCACAAGAAAAAAGUACAGCUGUAACAUGUGUACCAUGUGAACAAGCAAUUACUAUAGAAAAUAUUGCCAGUAGUUAUUGUAUGGCUGAUGUAGUUCUUAAAGCUUCUAUAAAAGAUAUUAUCUUACAACCAAAUCAAGCUUCAAUUCUAUUAAAUUUAACACCUAAAACAUUAGCAUUAAAAUUAAUACGUAAUGAUGGUACACAAUUAAGUAGUAUUGAUCAAUAUCGUCGUAAACGAAAUAGUCGAAGAAGAAGAAGAAGAAGACGACGAAGAACAAGAACAAAAACACAAAGAGAUAAUCAUAAUUUUGAACCGAAUUCAAUUUAUCGAUUAAGAACAAGAAGAAAUAUAAAAUUAAUAAAACAAAAUCAAUAUCAAUUAAAAUCAAUAAAUAUUGAUCAUGAAUUCAAUAAUCAACGAAUAAAACGAUAUCGAUAUCCAAGAAAUUCACAAUUAUAUAAUUUAGAUGGUAUAAAUGAAUUAAUAUUAAGUUGUUCAUCAUGUAAUUUAUUAUUACCAUAUAUCAAUAAACAUUUACCUUCAUCAACAUCAUCAUCAUCAUCAUCAUCAUCCAGAUCAUCAUUAUUAUUAUCUCAUCAAAAAUGGCUUAUCAUGGGUAGACGGAUACAAGAUAUCAAUACAAAAAAAUAUACAAAUCAAUUACAAGUAACAUUCAUAGGUUUAUGGAAUCGUGAAUCUAUUGAAUUUCGUCAAUCAUUAAAUGCUAUUCGUAAAGAACCAGCAUCACAUUUAUGUAAUAAAAAUCAAGCUAGUCUAUCUAAUCUAGUUCAAUCACAAACGAUACAAAAUCAUCAUCAUCAGCAUCAACAACAACAACAACAACAACAGCAACAACAACAUCUUGGAAGACCAUUAAAAAUUCUACGUUCUGCUCCAUCUGAAUUAACGGAUUCACCAAAUUAUAAUAACUUACAUAAAUCAUUAUCUAAUUUCAAUUUAAAAAUUAAAUCAAAUAAUCAUAUCAACUAUCAACCAUCUUAUUUAUCUACUAAUCAUAAUACUACUAAUAAUAAAGAUUUCAGUAGUCAUCUUAAUAAUGCACAAACUACUUAUUUAAAUGAAAUUCAUCAAUUACAAAGACAACAACAACAACAACAAAGAACACACAAAUCAAAGUUUCGUGAACGUAGAAAAAAGUGGAAAUCAUCAUCAACAAACAGAGUUUUGUUGAAAUCGAAUUCACAUAAUCAAUAUGAUACCAAUUUGUAUCAUUAUCAAUCACCAAUAAAUCCAUAUUCGGAUUAAACAAACCCUCCAGUUUAACAUACUGGGGUGAUAUGUCAUAAAAAAUUAUCUAUCAUUUAUGAAAUGAUUAGACUCUUAUAUUACAGGGUCCUACAUAAAGUUAACUUUAACUUAAUCCC